AUUCUGGAAUUAAUCAUGGAAAUUGUGCCUAAUUAUCCAACAAUUGAAGGCAUCCCUACUGAUUGUGAACGCCGAGAAGUUUCUCAUAUCUUUCGACCAUUUGUUGGUUUUAAGGAGGUGAGGCUCGUAACCAAAGACCCAAGACAUCCUGGUGGUGAUCCAAUCGUGCUCUGCUUUGUUGAUUUUGCUAAUGCUGCUCAAGCAGCUGUUUCCAUGGAAGCUUUGCAAGGUAAGAUAUAUUCUGUUCACCCUAACCAUUUGCCAGUCGUUAUUCACGAAUGCUUCUGGUUGCAUUAA